AUGGCAAACCGGGGCGUGAGGCAGUGCCUCUCCGACAUUACAUUUUACCUCGUCACCAUCAUUGCCAUUGCCACGCUCGGCCCGCUGCAAUUUGGCUUCCACCUUGCCGAGCUCAACGCGCCCCAAGAUGUCAUCACCUGCCGCAAAAAGACCAUCUCGACGGCUGCCCGCCUCGCCGCGUGGGUCCACUCGUCGAAACCAAAGGACAAGGCCCCCGCUGGCCUCCUCCCCGACUGCAUCCCCAUGAGCGAAGCCGCCUUCGCCACCGUCUCCUCCGUCUUCACCCUCGGCGGGCUCGUCGGCGCCCUCUGCGCGGGCCCCCUGUCGUCGCGCCGCGGCCGCCUGCCCGCCAUGCGCGCCACCGCCCUAUGCUACGUCGUGGGCGCCGUCGUCGAGACGUUUGCCGGCCGCGUCUGGCUCCUCGCCCUCGGGCGCCUGCUCGCGGGCCUCGGCGCCGGCGCGUCCACCGUCAUCGUUCCGCUCUACAUCAGCGAGGUGUCCCCGCCCGACGAGCGCGGCCUCUUCGGCGCCAUGACCCAGGUGUCCAUCAACGUGGGCAUCCUCGGCACCCAGACGCUGGGCUACUUUCUCAGCCACGGCGCUGCCUGGCGCUGGAUCCUCGCCGCGGGGGCCGGCGUCGCCUUUGCCCAGGCGGUCGGUCUGCUGGCGGUGCCCGAGAGCCCGGCGUGGAUGGCGGCGCACGGGGACCCGGUCAAGGCCAAGGCCACGUUGCAGCGCAUCCGCGGCGAGAGCUUCGAUGUUCAGAGCGAGGUUGCCAAUUGGGACCACCACGAGCGCCGCGGCUCCAACGAUGAGGAGGAGGGUUUGCUGUCCCAGCCGGACGCGGUGCCCUCGUCGCCGACGUCGAUUCGGUCGCACAAGGCGCCCGUGCACCUGGGCUUCUUGCAGGUUGUGGCCGACCCGCUGUACCGGCCGGCCAUCGUGGCCGUCGUCGGCAUCAUGGUGGCGCAGCAGUUUUGCGGCAUCAACAGCAUCAUCAUGUAUUCGGUGUCCCUGCUGGCGGACUUGCUGCCCAUCUCGUCGGCCCUGCUCACCAUCCUCAUCUCCGUCGUCAACCUCGGCAUGACCAUUGCCUGCUCGCCGCUGCCGGACCGCCUCGGGCGCAAGACGUGCCUGCUGCUGUCCAUCGUGGGCCAGGGCACCAGCUCCUUUGUGCUGGCCUUUGCCAUCGUCUACGGCGUGAAGAUGCUGUCGGCCAUUGCCGUGCUCUUCUUUGUGGCCUUCUUCGCCGUCGGGCUGGGCCCCGUGCCGUUCAUCAUGGCGUCGGAGCUGGUCGGGCAGGAGGCCGUGGGCGCGACGCAGAGCUGGUGCCUGGCGGCCAACUACGUGGCGACGUUCAUCGUUGCACAGUUCUUCCCGAUUGUCAACACGGCGCUGAACAAUGCGCUCGGCGGCAAGGGCUGGGUGUAUUUCUUGUUUGCCGCGCUGGCGGCCGUGUCUGCCGUGUUUGUCUCGUGGCGAGUGCCCGAGACGAGAGGCAAGAGAGACGCCGACGAGGUGUGGGGGAGGACGCGGCGCUUGGACUAG